CUGAUUUCUCUCCGCUCUGCGAUCCCUUCGAUUCGUUUCUAAGGUUCUUAGAUGGAUUUUUCUGUCGACGAUUCUGCUCUUUUUGCUUCUCAUACACACGAUAACAUUAAUCAUUCAAUUAAUGAUAAUGAUUUCGAAGUUGAUCAGCUGGUUGAUGUUGAAUUGAUUGGUAAGUAUACAUUUUUCGUGCUUUAUGAAUUGAUCAGCUGGUUUAUGUUUUAUGAAUUUUUCAUGUUUUUCGAAGUUGAUCAUGUUCUCUGUUUUAUACCAUUGCUUGAGAAUUUCGAUUGUAUGAGUAUUCAUAGUUUUGAUUUUAUGUUCAGGAGAAGAAGAUACUAUUUCAAAAGCUUCUAAAUUGUUAUAUCUUCUUAGCAGAGAUUCAUUGGAAAAUGUUCACCAGUCAACUGAGAGUAAAUCACUUGUUGGGCUUAGUGUCAAUUGUGAACAGGAUGCUUACAAACUUUACAAUGAUCAUGCUUUUGAAAAUGGAUUUGGUAUUCGUAGAUGCAAACAGAGGUUUAGGAGUGGGAAUGUAAGUUUGACUAUGAAGUCUUAUUGUUGUUGGAAAGAAGGGAAGAAACUACAAAAGGGCACCGAAAACAAAAUGUAUACCAAGUUAGAUUAUCGUACUGGUUGUAAAGCGAUGUUACAGUUUUCUAUUAGUUGUGAUGGUGAAUGGACUGUCUCAAAGCAUAUUAUUGAUCACAACCAUGCUUUCUGUGCAAUUGGUCAAAGACACCUGCUGAAAUCACAUAGAGGCGUUGAUCGUGAGUAUCUUGAAUUUAUUAUGUUGAUGAAGGAGAGUGGAACAAAGGUUUCAGAUGUUCACAGGAUGCUUCAAAAACAGGCUGGUGGUGUUAGUGCUCUUGGAUUCACGAAACGUGAUGCUUAUAACGUUCUAGAAUCUGAAAGAAGUAAAACGUUUGAUGGUACUGAUUCGAACACUUUGAUUGGUAUAUUUAAGAAAAGGGCUGAAGUGGAAUGUGAUUUUUUCUUUGAUUUUGAGUUGGUUGAUGGUAUACUGACUUGUUUUUUCUGGAGAGAUGGUCAAAUGAGAUCUGAUUAUGAGAGGUUUGGAGAUCUUGUUGUGCAUGAUACAACUUACAGGACUAACAAGUAUGAUAUGAUCUGUGGUCCAUUUAUUGGUAUGAAUCACCACUGUAAAAAUAUAAUGUUUGGUUGUGGCUUUAUUCUAAAUGAAAGGGUGGAGUCUUUUGUUUGGUUAUUUCAGACUUUUCUGAAAUCUAUGGGUGGUAAACACCCCAUCAGUUUCAUGACAGACCAGUCAUUUUCCAUUGCAACGGCUAUCAAAUCUGUAUUUCCUGGGGCGAGACAUAGACUCUGCACUUGGCAUAUAGAUGAGAAUUCAAAGAAACACAUCAUGCAUCUACGCAAGAAGAUAAAUUUUGUUUCUCUUUUUGAUUAUGUUGUCAAACGAUGUGAUACUGUUGCAGAGUUUGAUUUCUAUUGGAAUGAUGACAACACAUGGUUGAAGAGGCUGUACAGUCAUAAAGAAAAGUGGUGUCCUGCUUUUUCGAAGGAUUACUUCUCUGGUGGUGUUUUAUCCUCUCAAAGAAGUGAAUCUACAAAUAGAUCUAUAUCUAGAAGACUUACCAAGACUGCAACAUUAUGUGAUUUUUACAAAAUGUUUUGUGAUGUUGUUGAUGAAUGGAGGUUAGAUGAGAAUGGUCAUGAUUUUAGAUGUUCUGAAGGCACCGUUGAGAUGGUAUUGCUACAAGACACUUUGUUGACUCAUGCGAGAGAUGUGUAUACCCUUGAGAUUUUCAAAGUGUUCCAAGAACAAUAUUUGAAGGGUAUGUCACAUUUUUUUAAAUUAAUCUCACAGAAUUGUCAUGACUAUGUGUAUCAUGUUUGGUUGAAUGGGGUAGAUAUGAUUAGACACAGUGUUACUUUUAAUCGGCAUGACAACACAGUGACAUGCACUUGUAAGAUGUUUUCUGAAGUUGGCAUUUUUUGUGGACACAUUUUGCGUAUAUAUAAUGUGCAUUGUGUCAAAUGUAUUCCCCAAGUUUAUAUACUCUCUAGAUGGACAAAGGCUGCCAUUCUGCCAAAUGUUAAUCUUUCUGUUACGCACGGAACCGAUAUUAUGUCUGGCAAAAUAUUGGAAGAUUCUGUUUGGAGAGUGCAAAUGACUAGGAAAUUCAACUCAGUAUUGAGUGCAAGUGCUGCUUUUCCUGAAGCUAGACGAGUAUGUGAUCAAGGAUACGAGUCUAUUAAACAUUUUUUAGAUGCACAAAGAGAUGCUUCUGUUGUGGAUGAAUCUGCUUCUAGGACAAUAUUGGAUCCUCCACGGUCUCGUUCUAAAGGUCAGCGAAAUACCCGAAAGAGAAGUAUUGUUGAGAAACAGUGCAAAAUAGUCAAAGCUCGCCGUUCAAAAUCCCAAAAUGUUGCCUCCAAUUCAAAAGCAGUUGCUCAAUCUGUUGUACAGGACACUGUUAAUUUCAUGGUUCCACAAGGUUAUGUACUUGCUCAUCCAAUUGGAGGAAUGACGUCUUUAAUGCAUGUGUCUGGAUCUCCACAAGUUUUUGCUCCAUACUUCAUGCAAUCCAAUGCUUUGAACCAAAUGCAGAAUUAGUUAUAGUCACACAUGUUUGGAAAACCAAAUGCUUUGAGGAGUUUACAUAUCAUAUUGUGAACUUUUACUUUUGUUGCACCUUGAGUUAUAUUUUAUUUUAUAGAAUUUAUAUUGUCUUUACAGUUUGUUUACAUGUCUUACAGCAUUGCCAU